AUGACACUAGACGACGAGACCGUGUGUCACUCGGUGCUGAAAUUCGUCACUGAAGGCACUUACCCCGAGGAGAAUGUGGUGGCCGCCGAGUUCCCUGUGACAGCUCUCGCGAAGGAAUUGGAGCUCAUAGCCAAGGCUCGCGAACAAGUUGAGAUCAGCUCCCUCAGCAGCGAGAAUACCUUCGACGCCGAUGAUUGGAUCAUUCAGGCCAAACAUCUGCAUGCAGACAUAGAACGAUCGCGAGUCACUGCACGGGAGAUCAUUGCUCAACAUGAGCACACCAAACCGCUAGAGGCCAAGGUCAAGGAUGCUCGUGCGAAAGUGGGCUUGAUCGAGACGGAGAUUGCCUUCAACCAGGCUGUCGCGGAGACUCUAGAGGAGGUGCAGCGACUCUGUCACCGGUUGGAAAGCGGGCGCACUGCUCUUGUGCAAGGACAGGUCACCGUGGCAAUUGACAAUUUGGUAGCCGCGGAUGCCGCCAUUGGAGGAGAUUCGUUCUUCACGAACACAAAUGUGAUGGGCAUUCUUUCACUUGAAGUAUCGCGAUUGAGACAGGAAAUCGAAGAGGCGUUACGUCUACGCUGGCACGACCAGUUGAAGGUUGACAGGGAAAAGGGCGAGUUCCGGGUCACCACGCCGGAGGGUCCGGACUCGCUGGAAAAUAUGAUUACUGCGCUGUCACGGUUGGAUAUUCUCACGUCCGCCAGUGAUCAGUUCCUGAAGGAUCUCAUCUCGGUGAUUAUCGACCCCGUACUUUUGCCUCGCAAAGAUGGGAGCAGCUAUGCCGUUACUAUCACUGAGGCUGGUGUCCGUGUUGAAUCCAAGCCUUCAAAGGCAACCGUGGCUGACAUUCUCAAUCGCAUGACGGAACUCCUGAUCUAUCUGCGACAGAACCUUCCAACUUCUACGAUGGAUGCUUUGUCACCAUCGAUGGUCUCGGCUAUUACCUCAAAGAUGAUAUCCGGCUGGCUUUCAUCUGCCAUCCCCACGGAUCUUUUUGGUCUAGAUGACUUUGAGGGUAUUCUGGACCAGGCUUUACAGUUUACGAAAAACAUCGAGUCCUGGGGCUGGAGAGGGCAUGAAGAGCUUGUUUCUUGGGUUAAUCAAGCUCCUAGAUUGUGGCUCACUCGUCGUCGGGUUGACUCGCUUGACAGUGUACGCAAGGUUCUUGCGGCCAGUAAAGGAACCACCAAGCAAGUCGAGCGGAUUGAGAUUGAGAAGGUCUCCCAGGCUGACGGAGCUUUGCUUGAGAAUGCUACCAACGACGAUUGGGACGCGGGCUGGGACGAUGAGCAAGAACAAACGCCAGCUGAGCAGACUAAAGACACUCGACCUGAGGACGAUGACGAUCUUGAUGCAUGGGGAUUAGAUGAAGACACCCAGGUAGAACCCAAGCAAGAUGCCACUGCCCCCACCGAAGAUGAGGAUGCAGACGACGCCUGGGGCUGGGGCGAUGAUGACGAGGAAGAGAAAGGUGGGAAUCCCUUACCAUCCCAAUCCGCCGCAGCAUCGAAGCUGGCGAAUGGACCAAGCACAAGAGAACUCUUCCUCCAAAAGAGAGGUCACUUUGAGAGAGGUCUACACGGUCACCGAUAUCCCGGAUUCCGUCCUUCAGAUCAUCCAACGGCAGAUCACAGACUCAAAGGACAUUGCACAGCCACCGUAAGUCUCGAACUUGAUGAUGUACCAAAAAAUGGAGGCUUACAAGUACACAGACACUCGAAUUCCCGUGUUGCUUCGUCUGGUGCUGGUCUACUAGCACUGCCAACGCUGAUCUUGGCGAUGUUCAAGGCUACUUCGUCCACAUUCUACUCUUUGAAGCUCAACUCUGGGCAAAUGUGUCUCUACAACGACAGCCUUUACUUGGCCGAUCUGGUUCGAAAAUUAAUUGAGGAACACGACCUCCCCAGGCUCAAUUCCGACGUUGAAGCUCUCGAAAAGUUCGGCAAAGUUGCCUACAGCAAAGAGAUGCAGAUGCAGAGCACCAUUGUCACAGACCUCCUCGAUGGUGCGCAGGGUCUCAGUCAAUGUUCGGAGCAGCCAUAUAAGUCAGAAUGUGAGAGCGCUAUCAGUGCGACCGUUGACCGAAUUCGCGAUGUCUAUAAGGAGUGGCAGCCCAUCUUGUCGCAUUCUGCAUUGCUGCAAUCUAUCGGUUCUCUGCUUUCCACUGUGAUUAGCAAGAUCAUUAUUGAUAUUGAGGAUCUGGGUGAUAUCUCUGAGGAUCAGUCUAAGCAAUUGGUCUUGUUUUGCAACCAAGUGUCCAAACUGGAAGAUCUCUUCAUGCCUGAAGCCACCGAUGACGCCGAAGCUUUACCAGUCACUGCCGUGUAUGUGCCGAGCUGGCUUCGGUUCCAAUAUCUAGUCAACAUCUUGGAGAGCUCCCUGGCCGACAUCAAAUUCUUGUGGCUAGAGGGUGAAUUGGGCCUUGAGUUUUCUGUUGACGAGGUCGUCGAUCUGAUUGAGGCCCUGUUCGCCGAGUCUGACUAUCGUCGCCGGGCCAUUUCAGAAAUUCGACGGGCUCCUCGGGGGUAA